CGGCGUGCGGUGGAGGUAGGUUGCUGUGAAGCUACGGGUUAUAUUGUGAUGUGUUCCAACUUCAAAUGUGUCGUGGCCUCCGUGAUUUACUACAAUUUAUCUGUGAUAUCGUUCACGCGAUUCGUUUGUCAGGCUGGUGGGCACUAGUGUUGAGAGAGGCCAUGGCGACUCCACAUUACAGCUUGCGAUGGAACAACCACCAGAACCAUAUCCUAAAUGCAUUUGAUACCCUGUUGCAAAGCGAGACGCUGGUGGAUGUGACGCUAAUGUGUGAAGGGACCAGUGUGCGAGCACACAAAGUCGUCCUGUCUGCCUGCAGUCCUUACUUUCAGAAGAUAUUUUCAGAAACGCCUUGCAAGCAUCCAGUUAUUGUUUUGAAAGACAUCAGAGUUUGGGAAGUACAAGCAAUUGUGGAUUUUAUGUACAAAGGAGAAAUUAGCGUUGUACAGGAACAAAUAUCAUCUCUAAUAAAGACUGCUGAAGCCUUACAGGUGAGAGGCCUAGCACAUACUGAGCAACAAGUCCUACCAGAAAAGGAACAACAACAGCACCAUCACCACCACCACCACCACAACCACCACCACCACCAGCAGCAGGAGGCUGAGUAG